CAAACCUCGACCACAACUAUAAAGCCGCAACAUAGCUUCUGAAGUUUCAACACAGCACAUCAAUCACAAGCUAAAAACUCUUCCCAGAGGUUGUAACAAUGGGGGCUGGUGGACGAAUGAAUGUUGCAGCCGACGAUAAACCCCUCGCCCACAAACGUGUACCGGUCUCAAAACCUCCGUUCGAACUUAGUGAUCUAAAAAAAGCAAUACCACCACACUGUUGGGAACGUUCUCUUGUGCGCUCAUUCGCAGCCGUUUUUCGUGAUUUUAUCAUCAUUGGUGCCUUAUACUAUCUAGCAGACACUUUCAUUCCCAUGCUUCCUAAACCUUUAGCAUAUGUAGCAUGGCCUGUUUAUUGGUUUUUCCAAGGUGCUUAUCUUAUGGGUUUGUGGGUCAUCGGUCACGAAUGCGGCCAUCAUGGAUUUAGCGACUAUCCAUGGCUCAAUGACACCAUCGGGUUCAUCGUUCACUCCUUGAUCCUCACUCCGUACUUUGGCUUCAAAUACAGCCACCGUACCCACCAUGCCAACACCAACUCCAUUGAAUACGACGAGGUUUGGAUCCCCAAACGCAAGUCCGAUAAAUUGUACUCCGAAAUUCUCAACAACCCAACCGGUGCAUUUCUUGUAUUUGUGUUCAAGAUCGUUCUUGGCUUUCCUUUGUACUUUGUGUUCAAUCUUUAUGGCAGGAAAUACGAGAAGGGAAUCACGAGCCACUUUUACCCGUAUAGUCCUAUCUUCAACGACAGCGAGCGCUUUCAGAUUUUCCUCACCGAUCUUGGAGUUUUCGCCACUUGUUAUGCCGUUUAUCGCGCUGCUGUAAUCAUGGGCACACAAUGGGUGAUUAACAUCUAUGGAAUGCCUAUUCUUUUCAUGAGCGGUUUCUUCAUCUUACUCACAUAUCUACACCAUACCCACCCUGCUAUCCCUCACUACGACUCAACCGAGUGGGACUGGCUUCGAGGGGCUUUAGCCACCGUCGACCGCAACUUUGGAUUCUUGAACCAUGCUUUCCAUGAUGUCACUCGAACCCACACCGUUCACCAUCUUUUCCCAACAAUUCCACAUUACAAUACUUUUGAGGCUAGGGAGGCAGUGAAGCCUAUCUUGGGUGAAUACUAUAAGUACGACGAUACACCUAUUCUAGAGGCUGUUUGGAGGGAGACAAAGGACUGCAUCUUUAUCGAACCCGAUGUAGUUGAUGGAGAGAAAAAGGGUAUCUACUGGUUUCACAAAUAGGGAGUAUGAUAUCGUUGCUUAUGUCUGUUGUCUUUUAAUAUAUAAUAAUAAGUGCUGUAAUAUUGGGGUAGCGAUCUGUGGUAUGUUUGUAAGUACCCAGUGUUUGAUGUGCUUCUCUUGUUGUGUAUCAAUGUUUCUUGAAUGGUAGUCAAAAAGACUUCAAGAGUUCGAUUAAAAUGUUUGAAUCAUCAAUGGAUAUAUCGUUAUUAUGUGAA